AAGUGGGUGAAGUCCUCUCCUUAUGUUUCUCCUCGUGUAAAUGCGAUUCGUUCGAACUGCGCUCUUUUGGAAAAGUUCGAGGAACCACGUGUCUCUUAAAAUAAAUCGGCAACACGCAAGGAUCUUCGACGAAUCGUUUUCUUUUUCUGAAAUAUCGAGAUAAGAUUUGUUAUUUCAGUAACACGCGUGCACGAAGAUAUAUUUAAUUUCUGCGAAUAAAGUGGUUACAAUACUGUCCGUUAUGCAAUGGCGUUAGCCAAUAGGAAGCCGGCGUCGUCAGCGGCCGUCCGCUGCACAUGGAAAUCUCAAUGCCAUUUCAGCAAUUUCAAAAUCAUGUUCAAAGUAGAAUCAUUCUCUGAAAAUAUUUUCGAAUGUUGAGUCAGAUAGUAACAUAAGUACAACAAAUUCCCAUGUGUGGGUCGAUUGUUGGAAGAGGUAGUUGGUGGGGAUUUGAAGAAAUGGACCAAAUCGAGCGAGUACGGCCGAACGUUGCCGAUCCGGUGCUCGAGCAUACUCGGCUUCCAACCCGAACUACAUUCGCCGUUCCUCUGGGAUAGUGUCAACGUCGUGUUCGUUUUAUGGUGCUUUCUGUUUAUUUCUUUUUUAUCAGUCCGUGAUACGUGUGAGAUCAACAGAUAGAUAGGAACGGAGUUUUUAACGUUUCGGGGUAGUAGGAAAAAUCGGUUUUAUACGUAAAAGGUUAAAUAUGGCGGUAGCUAGUGGUGCUAUGUAUAACGCGAGGGCAGUCGUUCCAUCGUUCAUGUCGUCAAACACGUAUUAUGGUUACGUGCCGACUUUUAGAAAAGAGAAUCAACUGAAUCCCGUAUUAGAACACGAGGAAGUCAGUGGGACACCGGUACACAAUCGUUGUACUUAUGAUACAGCUAUGGAAAUUGACGAGGACGGAUGCGAUUAUUCUAUGGCAUCUCGCUAUUUGAAUAACGAUUCCGUGGUUGUAGAAGCGUCAGCGCAUAGUCGAUUGAAAGCUAGCGAUCAACAGCAGCAGCAGUGUCAACAACAGGCGGCCCACGACUACGCGGAUACGCUUCGACGGAGAAACCGGAAGCGAAGCAACGGUGAUCACUGCCCCGCCAGCGAUCCGAAAAAAUUCCGCGAAGGCGGUGGUAACGACCACACACACCAUGGUAGAAGAAAUACGCAGGACUAUGGAUUGGCCGAGGUGUCUAAUAAGUCGAAACUAUUGCAUAUAAACGCAGUCACUGAUGAAAACAUGGAGGAAGUCAUUGUGAAAAACAAGGGCUGCUGUUUGGCAGCAGGAAGAUAACUGAAUGAUAUUGAAACUUUAAGAAGUAUUAAAGUAAGUAAAAACGUAAUACUUAAAAACUAAAAUCUUAGAAGUCUAUUUGACAUAAAAACAGAAUUAAGUUAAUCUAUGUUGAUUUCAUCAUCAAAUGUUGUUUGAGCAAAAGCUAAUGGUCCAAUUGCCUCCUCCUGGCCUUGAUCAUCGUCUUCUUCAUUCAUACAAGACUAAAAAAGAAAGAUAUUUUACUUAAGUGUGUAUUACACACUUAACUUCUACUUGAUAUACCUGUUUAUUGCCAGAUGAUUCAGGUCUUGAUUGAUCUGCUUCUGCCAAGUCUUCAUUAUAACCAGGUUUAAUAGUAGAUGUAAUAGGCAAAGCACAUGCAGAAUCAGUUGAAGAUGUUCCCUAUAGACAGUGCAUAAAGUAUAAAAUGAAAUCCACUUUUAAGUACAUAACACGUUUGUAAUAGUAAAACUUACAGGCAUAUCCAUGUUAUCUAACAGUGGUACAUGUGCAGUAGGAGACAUUGAGCUUCCUGCUUGAGAUGUUACAAUUAAUUGUGCAGCAUCCAAUACUGCAUCUAUUUCAGAAUCUUCAUCACUGGAUUGACAACUUUCACUAGCAGUUUGAUCAGUAGUUUCAUUCUAAAAAAAAUAUGAAUGUGUAUUACACAUUAACAAUAUUUAAUAAAUUUAUAGACUGAUCUAAGAAAAUAUAUAAACCAGUGGAUUGCUCAGGGGUUGCAUAUCCUGCAGAGCGCGUAGUGAUCUCAGUAAACGAGGUCGCAAUCUAUGAUCUUCGCUUAUGUUUUUAAUUUCCCUUAAUACAGUGACCAAAUAAUCCGGUUGUUUUUUAUUUACCGAAAUUAAUAAACUUAGGAUUUCCUUCAUUUCUGAACUAGAUACAACAUGUAAAAAUAAAUAUAUUUGAAUAUGUUUUAAACAGAAAACUACUAAAAUACAUUCUAAAUAGAAUCAUACCUUAUAUUUUGAAGUGGAUGUUCAUCAUUUAUGACAGGUGGUAAACGAAAUGAUGAAUGUGCUUCUUCCCAAAAGUUAUCAACUUGUUGUUGUGAUACUUCAUUUGUUAAAAUAUUACUAUGUGUUACAGUGUUUUCUCUCUCUUGUUGUUGCAAGUUAGACGGCAGUUGUAAGUUUAAUGAAUAUUGUGCUUCUGCAACACUUAAUGAGGGCAAAGGUAAAUUAUCAGCUCCUUGAUCCCUAUUGCGUUUGUCCUUCCUUUAAUUAAAAUGCAUCAUGUAUAAAACAUGAAAUCAAUUCUAGAUACUCCAAUGAAAUAAUUUAUGUAAAUUGCAUACAGAAGAGAUGUAUUCACACUUGACAUAGUAUUUCCAGUGGAUGAUGAAUUUCCAACUGCUCCUGUCAUAGCAUCAGUCACAGUUUUUGCAUUCCCAGAGAGUAAGUUUUGUCUGGAAUAACUGAAAAUUGAAAAAACGAACAAAUAUCAGUUUUAACAUACAACCAUUUCUAAAAUAUUCAUACCAUGCAUAAAGUAAAACAAUUAAUAUAAAAAAUGGAAGUUUAUGUCCUGUUAAGAAUUAUAUGUAAAAAAAUUAACAAAUACAAAAUAAAUGAAGCUUCGGUUAUUGUCAACUGAGCAUAUAUUGUUAGUCAAAAUUAAACUAUAUCAAAUAUAUUUAAUUUUUGAACACGUUAUUUUACAUACCCAUAGUUUACGUACCAAUAUAUACUAUCCUCAUUUAGUUUCAUAUUCACUAACCAUUGGACUACAGAAUUAAAAUCAAUAGUGAUCUACGUGUGAUAUGGUUUAAACGAGGGUAGUAAUAAGUGAGAAGUACAAGACAAAGAGUGCACAGAUAGACCGUGAAGUUUAUUAUUUUAUGCAAUGAUACAUUAGGUUUUACACAAAAAUGGAAGAUGGAUGUGCACGAUCUA